AGGACCCCACCAAAUGGAGUACAGCGAAAACCCGACGGGGGGCGGCUCGGGCCUAGGCGUCAUCACGACGGUUCCACGCUUUCACUGGUCCGAAUCCAAGCGGGCCUCUUUCCACGCCUCGUCAGCGCCACGAUGGCCCAACCUGACUCAUCCUUGGCUUCCUGGCGGAAAAGAAGAGCCGGCUUCUUGAUGUCUCGUCCAAUUGGCGAUAAGCACAUGUCCUCGGGCUCAAGUCGUCAGAAGCAGUUGUCUGUCCGAGUCCACCGCCCCACUUGGUCGACCCGGCCAGGCGCCUGGGCGGUGCAAAAGUUGCGGUAUUGUCGCGCGGUGACAAAUUGGCCCGGACACUCACUUCGUGUGUCAAUAAUGCUUCUCACAUCAUCAUCUUCACACUGCCCUCUCACCCCACCCCACUCCACCCCACCCCACCCAUUGAGGGCACAGGCCAGACUACUGAUGUGA